UUGCGCCGAGUUGGAAACCGUUUUACUCGUUUUUGUUAGGCCAACUGCAGCAAACGUCUUUUCGUUAUGAAUUUUAAAUUUCAAACUACUUAAAAUUUAACUUAGAACUAAAAAGCAAUUCGGACUUUAGUACGGUUUUGAAUUUCUCGGCGAGCGGUUGUGGAUGUAAGGGCCCGCUGGAUAAACCGGUUUUGGAACUAUUCUUCCGAGAAAUUUUCGAAAACGUGAUAAAAAAAUCCAAGUACGUUUAAUUGAAAAAGGGUGUGAAUAUCAGCAGAGAUAAGAGCACAAGUGCAUUUUCACCUGAAAAGCUGAAUUGAAGAAUUCCAGACAGAAGACGACUGAAUCAAUAGAACAGAAUCAUGAUCGGACUAUUGCUGUGGAUAUUUUUCGUUGGCCUGUUGCUGUGCGCUUUCCUGUUCUCCAAGACCACCAAGGAGUUCCCUAAGUCAUGGUUCGAAUGGAAGACAGAGUUCCGGUACCAGUACCUCGGAAUCGUUGGACUCGUUCACGAUGCUCAAUAUGCGGCACGGGAUCGAGUGACACUUUAUAAACAACCGGAUCGCAUUGCUGUCAUCACCGGAGGCAAUCGCGGCAUCGGACUGCGGAUCGUGGAGAAGCUGCUGGCCUGCGAUAUGACUGUCGUCAUGGGUGUCCGUGAUCCCAAAAGCGCUGAAACCGCCGUUGCAUCUAUAGUAGAUCUAAAAGCUACCAAGGGCAAGCUAAUCUGCGAGCAACUGGAUGUGGGAGACCUUAAGUCGGUGAAGGCCUUUGCCCAACUCAUCAAGGGACGUUUUUCUAAGGUGGAUUUGCUUCUGAACAAUGCUGGUAUUAUGUUCGCUCCAUUCAAACUCACCGCCGAUGGCUACGAGUCACACUUUGCCACCAACUUUCUGGGUCACUUCCUGCUCACUCAUCUGCUCCUGCCCCAGCUGAGGGCAGCGGGCAAGGAGGGAAAGAAUGCCAGGAUCGUGAACGUCAGCUCCUGCGUGAAUCUCAUUGGACGCAUCAACUACAAGGAUAUCAACGGACAAAAACACUACUAUCCAGGAACUGCCUAUAGCCAGUCGAAGCUUGCCCAGAUUUUGUUUACCCGUCAUCUGCAGACGCUGCUGGAUGCAGAAAAGUCGCACGUACAGGUCAACGUGGUGCACCCGGGUAUUGUAGACACAGAUCUGUUUGAGCACUCGGCCACCACAUCGGUGCCUAUCUUCAAGAAGCUUUUCUUCAAGACCCCUGAACGGGGAUCCCGUACAGUGGUCUUAGCGGCCAUUGAUCCCUCCAUCGAGGGUCAGGGUGGUACUUACUUGGCCAACGGUGGCAAGGGACCCUUCCAUCCGGAUGCCAAGAAGCCGGCCAAGUGCGAGCAGCUCUUCCAGUUCUCCAGCGAUCUGCUGAAGAUCCAGCAGUACGGAAACGGAGAAUUCUAAAAGAAUCCCAUACUCACUCUGUCUCUCAUUCCUUCUACUCUAAUGGUGCAACGUACUUUUCUAGAUUCCGUCGCUUUUUUGUAAAUCGAUUUCUUGUAUGGCUUUGUAUAAAACACAUUUUUAUAUAGAA